CCCCAGGUCAGUCUCAGCGAAGUCGGCGUUCAGUCUGGUUUUGUGGAUAAGCCAAAGGAACCGAAUAACACAGAUAUACCAUAUAUAUACCUUACACAUCGCGAUGAAUAGCUUGCAAGGAUCCCUAGUCCUGCUCCUGCUGGCCGGAGCAUUCCUGCAGAGCCGGGCGGGACUUUUCGAUUGCGAGGAUAAGAUUCCCGGACUGGGCGAUGUGAGCGACAAGAUAUCGGAGAUCACGGGAAGCAGCACCAGUUCGGAGCACGAGGUGCGGGACUUCUUCAAGAACGUGGGCUGCCACAUCAAGGAGGGGGCCAAGAAGCUGGGCGAGAAGGCCAAGGACCUCGGCUCGGAGCUCAAGGAGGGCGCCCAGAAGCUGGGCGAGAAGGCCAAGGUCCUGGGCAGCGACCUCAAGGACCGCUUCGACGACUUCCGCGACAAGCUGGCCAAGGACUCCGCCGAGGAGAUGAGCAAGGAUCGCGGCUUCCUGGCCAACGUGGAGAUCAUCAACCCGGACAUCCUCAAGGGCGAGCAGCAGUGCGGCCACGGCCACAUCCUGGAUGCCUUGGGCAACUGCAGCAAGUUGAGGAAGUAGUCCUCCGGUCGAGUCCUCCGCCUUGCCCCCUCCUCCCCUAAGCGCUUAAGUUUUUUUAUGAUUUUUUUUUCGUGUAAAUAAAAAUGAAAAGUGAAAUACACACCACGUUUCUUGGAAUAUUUAAA